ACUAGAAAAGGAACGUGUAUUAAAAGCGGAGGAUUUUGAUUGGGAUGUUAAACAUCCAAAUUCCCUUGUUACAAUAUGUAUUGAAAGAUUAAAUACUAAUUGGUCUGGCACUCCAAAAUUAGAAACAUUCAUUCCGAAGGAUCGUGAAUAUUUUUUGGAAAUAUUAGACACUAAUAUUCCACUGCAAAUAUUAGUAGAUAAUAUAAAUAAUGAUAUUUUUUGGAAACGAUGCUAUUAUUCAAAAUGGUCCGAUUAUAUUGAAAGUAUGGAGAAUAAGCCUUGGAUAAAUAUAUUUAUGGAGCGAUAUUAUGCUGAUAUUCUUGAAAAUAUGAAUCCACGUCAAUACGACCCAGAAAAGAUUCAAAACUUGGUAAAAUUGUGCGGGCCAUAUAUUCAUUCGUUGUCGAUACAAAGCUUAGUACCAGCUGAUAUAGUUACACAAAGGAUAACUUCCCCAGAGAUGGCUGACUUAAUAACAUCAUACAAACAAAAUGAAAGCAAGCUAUCUUCUAAGCGCGGAGAAAUUAUUACUAGAGAUCAUAUAUCGCUACAUGCAGCAUUAAGCAGUUUACAUAAUUUAGUAGAAUUACAUGUUACUUACCAAUUGCGUUAUACUGGUGUUGACUAUCGUAGAGAUCAAUUUCAGUUUACUGAUAAUGAUGCAAAAAAUUUAGCUAAAGGCCUGGAAAAAUGUAUACAGCUAAAAAUCUUAAGGAUAACACGAACUGAUAUGAAUUGUCAAAAAGUAAAAUAUAUUCUUCGUGGAAUCUCAGAUAGUCAAAAAUUGGAGACGUUAGACUUCAGUCACUGUAAGAUUGGUAACGAUGGUGCUAGUUACGUAGCUAAAUUUAUAACGAAGCACGAUAAGUUACGGAAUAUUAUUCUAGCCGAUAAUAUUUUUGGUCCAACUGGCAUUGAGGCAAUAUCGCAAGUAUUGAAUUAUACAAGCUGUAAAAUACGUACAUUAGAUUUAAGAUUGAAUAAUAAAUUAGGAUCCGAUGGUAUUGCUCAUAUUGCCGUCUCUUUGGCAAGAGGGUGUAACCUGACCUCCUUGAAUAUUUCUGGAUGUGGGAUAACACCUGAUCCACUGGAAAAGCCACCAGCUGGUGUAUGGUCAGCUAUUAAUGCUGCAAAUCCUCCUACAUGCGGUGAUCUGUUAGCAAGAGCUAUUGGACUAGUUAAAACACCGUUACGGUCUAUUGACAUAAGUGUUAAUAAUUUGGGAUCGACGAGUGAUAUGGUAUUGUCCAACGCUAUAUGCCUCAGUUAUCUUAUUGAUAUAAAUCUUAAGAGAUCUGGCAUGGGAUCUAUUGCAAUGGCCAUUGCUGAAUCUGCAGCAGCGGCGCAACGGCUGAGAAGAGAAUCAGAAAAGGGUAUCCGAUUCAGACGAAGUGCUGGAAGAGUAGUUCAAGCUCACAGAGUAGUUAAAGGAAUGAAUAUAGAUGCGGACCCAAUUUUAUUCGCCCAACAACUCUCGGCACGGCCAUCGAUUGUAUCGGUAGCUUCAGAAGAUGGUAUUUACAAUAUACAAACACAGCCAUUACCUAGGCAUUUUGGAUUUGUUCCUGAUAUAAAGAGUCCACUGCCAUCAUCUUACGGUGCAUCGUUUUCUGGCCCUUCAACAUCAAGAAGAUCGAGUCACCAUAUUUUGAUUUUAGAACCUGAACAGGAACUGCAGUAUGCUAAAUUAAAACGCCGCAAAUCAGAUGGCUCUCUUCAAACAUUAGCUAGUGACGUUUCUCAACACAUCAAAAUAUUUGUAUCACAUGAACAUAACAAAUAACAGAACAAAAAUAUACGUGAACUGAAUAUCAA